AUGGGAGACCUCAUUAGCAGCACUGCUGCUAUCAGCUUAGCCUCUUGCCUCACUGGAGUAUACUGUGGAAACGUAGUGCCAUUGAUUAUAGGAGCAAUUACAACAGCAAAAUCUCUGUUAUCUUUGCUACAAACCCAGAGUCUUUCUGAUGAGUUGAUUGAAAAAGGCAAGAAUGUGAAAAGCAUCUCUGAAAUUGUGCAAGAUGGCAAGAAGUUUAAGGUCACUGUGACAACUGGUAGCAAAGUGCUGAUUAAUGAGUUUACAAUUGGAGAGGAGGCUGAGCUGAAUACUCCAACAGGAGAGAAGAUCAAGGCUGUUGUUCAAAUGGAAGGAGACAAUAAGAUGGUGACAAAGAUGAAGAACAUCACUUCUGUGACUGAACUAAAUGGAGACACUCUCACUAAUACCUUGAGUGUGGGUGACAUCCAUUACAAGAGGAUCAGUAAGAGAAUCUAGAUCGCCUAGGCAUUUCUACACUUUUACUGUGUAAAAGUGAUACAAUAAAGAUCAAUUUAUCAAAA